AUGAUAUUCUUGCGUCAUCAUCUUGACGAGAUUCUGAAAAUCGAAUAUCUGACAGUUAAGGAUCCACUUGUUUUGUGGAAAAACCUAAAAGAAAGAUUUGACCACUUGAAGAUGGUCAUACAUCCAAAGGCACGAUAUGAUUGGAUGCAUCUAAGGCUACAAGACUUUAAGUCUAUACAUGAGUAUAAUUCUGCCAUGUUCAGAAUCACUUCUCAAUUGAAAUUAUGUGGAGAAACGGUUAGUGAGAUUGAUAUGAUGGAAAAGACAUUCUCCACUUUCCAUGCCUCGAAUGUGCUCUUGCAGCAACAAUAUCGAGAGAAAGUGAAUGAGGCGUACGCCCACCAUGCUAGGCGUGGAAAAGGUCGCGGUCCUAAUCGUGGACGUGGACGUGGUCGUGGACGUGGACGUGGUCGUGAUUAUGGUCAAGAACGUAAUUCUAAUCUUGGCAUUAAUCAUUCAUCAAAUAAAAAGGAAAAAAGAAAGGAUGAGAAACGUGAAGCAACUAGGGAAGGUUGUUUUCGAUGUGGUGGAAGAGGUCAUUAUGCACGUGAUUGUCAUUUCUUCGCACAUCCUGAAGGAAAAAUAGAUCACUUAAUUGGUGAUGGUUCUGUGAACAUGGAAGAGUGA